GUUUUGCCUCCACUCCUCAUAUCUGAUACCACUUUCUCCUACAGUCCGGCAUGGCAGAAAACAUGAAGAAGAUCCAGGAGGCACGGGAUGAGGUCACAUCCCUCUCUGAGAAUAUCACUGAGGAGAUUGACAGGAUAAAGGAAGCACAGAACCACACAGCACAGAAGAUUAAGGAGUUGGCUGCCUCAAUUAAGAAGCUGGAGGAAGACCUUAAAAAGCUGAGGCAGGAUGCAGCGAAGUGGAAAGAAGAGAGCAGCAAUGAGAUCUCUCAGCAACUCGAGGCUUUGCUGGAGGAGACAAAGCGUGAGCUGCAGAAGAUGGGAGAGCAGCAGGAGAUGAGGAAGGCCAUGCUGGAGCAGCUGGUGACUGAGACAACCAACAAGCUGGCUGAGAUAGGGGAGAUAGUGAAGAGUGUGCAGGAGGAGAAGGAGAAGGCAAAGGCAGAGUGCUCCAACUGCACCUUUGACAUCAAUGAGCAUUUGGGGGAGCUCCUCCGGCGCUGUGAGAACCUCCAGGAGCAGGUGGAAUCCCUGGAGUCCCGGCAGAUGCCUGUGGGCAAGCUUGAAAAGAUGAUGAGGAAUUGGGGCCAGACCCAAACUGCCCAAACUGGCCUGGACCAGUCAGUGGCAUGGACAGAAAUGAAAGCCUUGAUGCAAAUGUCCUGUUGA